GGGAAGGCGCUGGGUGGCCAGGGAGGAACUGCGGAGGCGGCGGCUGGCGGAGGAACGCGUCCCACUCUCCGGGCGCGACUGGCACCUGCGGUGCCCCCCUACCUCUAGACCCUACUGAGGCCUUUCAGGUCCCGGAGCGACACAAUGCGCACCAGGCGGGACUGCCGGGUGGCUCCCAGGUGGGACGGAGACUCCGGAUCCCCGCCCGGGCGAGACGGUUCGAGGACGCGCCCCGCGCAGUGCAGGUCCCCGACUUCCCCAGACAGCGCCGCUACCCUGGGGUCCCCAGGCCGAGGCCCCUCGCUCGCCCGACGACGCCCCCAGUGGCUGGGAGAGGAGCCUAGCACGACUCCGAAGUUCCGACGGCUGGACAGGGACCCCUCACCCGGCCGUCCAGCACCCAACAGCGGCUCACAUCUCGGGGUCGCCAGCACCCGCGACACCAACCGAGAUCCCCAGCCCCUUCCCGCGGCGUCGGUUCCGCGGCCUUGGCCCCGCCCCGCGCCCCCAUUGGUCGAAGCCGGAAGGGGCGGGGCCCGACGGCGGCGCGCGGGCCCCACGGGCGGCGGAGGCGGGGCGCGCGGCGCAGACGGCAGGUCCCACUGAGGAGACGCCCGCGGGUCCGCGCCGCCUGCAGCGCGGACGGGAACUUGCCCGCCGCCCCUGCCUCCGAGCCGGCCUCGGCAGCAGCGGCCUGACGGCACGGCGGCCACAGACAGAUUGGCCGCCUGUCCCCGGGCCCCGAAGGAGCUCCUACCGCGAGGCGCCGGAGGCCUCGUCGACGCCGCCGGGAGCCCAGCAGGUGCGGCGCGGGAGACGCGCUGAGACAGCGCCGCGGCCCCGGCGAGCCCGCCCGAGCCGCCGACCGCGAGCCUCGGCCGCCGCUCGCCGUCGGGGCGGCCCCGGCCCCGGCUCGGCCGCGGAGCGGAUGCGCGCCCGCUGAGCGCCCGCCCGGCCCGCCAUGGCCGCGCGUCCCGGGCCGCUGUGGCUCGUGGGCCUGGCGCUGUGCGCGCUGAGCGGCGGCGGCCCCGGCCCGCGCCCCCCGGCCGGCUGCCCGGCCCGCCGCCUGGGCCCGCGCGAGCGCCGCGACAUGCAGCGCGAGAUCCUGGCGGUGCUGGGGCUGCCCGGGCGGCCCCGGCCCCGCGCGCCGCCCGCCGCCGCCCGGCUGCCCGCGUCGGCGCCGCUCUUCAUGCUGGACCUGUACCACGCCAUGGCCGCCGCCGACGACGAGGACGGCGGCCCCCCGGAGCGGCCCCCGGGCCGCGCCGACCUGGUCAUGAGCUUCGUCAACAUGGUGGAGCGUGACCGCACCCUGGGCCACCAGGAGCCCCACUGGAAGGAGUUCCGCUUCGACCUGACCCAGAUCCCGGAGGACGAGGCAGUCACGGUCGCCGAGUUCCGGAUUUACAAGCUGGCCAGCGCCCACCUGCUCAACAGGACCCUGCACGUCAGCAUGUUCCAGGUGGUCAGGGAGCAGUCCAACAGGGAGUCUGACUUGUUCUUUUUGGAUCUUCAGACGCUCCGAGCUGGGGACGAGGGCUGGCUGGUGCUGGACGUGACAACAGCCAGUGACCGCUGGUUGUUGAGCCGGAACAAGGACCUGGGGCUCCGCCUCUAUGUGGAGACUGAAGACGGUGCACCUGAUGAAGCCAGAUGCGGUCCCCAAGGCGUGCUGCGCCCCCACCAAGCUGAGCGCCACCUCCGUGCUCUACUACGACAGCAGCAACAACGUCAUCCUGCGCAAGCACCGCAACAUGGUGGUCAGGGCCUGCGGCUGCCACUGAGGCCCUGCCCCCGCCGCUGCUCCCCCCCACCAACCCCGGGUCAGGCCCCUCUCCAGAGGCAGGAAACCCUGCAAUGCCGGCAUUGCUCAGGUGGGGUGGCAGGGAGGGCCUGCCCCAGCCUGCCAGGGUCUCCCUGGCCCCUCCGCCCUUCCCCUGGGGGGUGGUAGACCGGCUGGCCCGACACACACGGACUGCACUGGGUUCCGUUCAGAAGUCCUGCCGUGGGACGUGUGCUUGGCCCCCUCCAGGCCAACGUGAGGGCCAUCUGGAGCGUGAGGCCGGCUGGCGGGGCUCCGAGCGGGGAGGAGGGGUCCUCCUCUUUCCAGGGCACGCACUCACCUUCGGGACCGUGUAUUCCUGGGCUCCGACCUUGGCCCACUAGCAGUUAGCACAUUAGAAACAGAACAAGCCGGAUGGGCCUCAUACCAAGACGGAAGCCUGCAGGGAUGUUUUAUGGCAUGUGUCUUCCCCUCCUGGGGGAAGAGCUCGACCACCCCACCCAGGAGCAGAUAACCUUGGGGGCGGGCAGUUCCCUCCAGCUUUUCCAUGUGAGGCUCCGCAGCACCUCGCCCACGGCCAACAUCAGUAAGCAGCCCGGGUGGAUUUUCCACUGAACCCGGACAGGCCUCAGAACCCUCGGCACAUGACUCCAGACCCCCCGCAGCAACCAUUUCACCCACAGACGGGGCCUGGGGCCAGGGUGGGGACUGUCCGAUAGAACCCAGGGCUUAAGGACAGGCUGUUCUCCAGUCUGCACCACCCUGUGUGCCCGGGAGUGAGACCUGUGAGCCUGAGACAAGGUCCCCGUCCCAGGGGAGUGACAGGGGAUAAUCAGGCCGGUCCUGGGUGGGAGGGUCCCGGAAACCGCCACAGGCCGUUGGAGCAUUUGAUUUCUGACUCACUAAGCCUGUAAGUUACCUGCUGGCACAGACGGAGUCCCGCUGCCCAAACCCUGAAAUACUGUGUCGUUCAAAGCAGCUUGGGGGCCCCCUGCCGUGUGCCCCAGGAUGCGCCCCUCAGCAGUCACUCGGCACCCCGAGGAGGGGCCCCGGGACAGCAGGUGGGACAGUGGGUGUGGACGCUGGGGCCCUGCUGCAGGACAGCGGCGCCUCCGCAGGGACCGGGAAGGGACUCUGGAGCGAGCGCAGAGGGAGAGACCCUCCCCGGGUACACGGAGGGUGCGCGCAGGCUGUCUGCAAGGUGGAGAGUUCCCUAGUAGCCGGGGGCUUUGACCUCAGGCUGGCAGGGAUUGGAGCACAAAGUGGCUGGAGUGUCAGGAGACCUGUAUUCUGGUUCCAACUCGGCCACUGACCUGUUUGCUGUCUGGACAAGGCCCCUUCCUGAUUGAAGCUUCAGUGAUGUGGGACAUUCCUCCCUCGGCCUGAAGCCCUGACCCUCCCCUCUCUGCCACAGCCCAGACACAGCCUGAGCCCAGCUGCCGCAGGACACGAAACCUGCCAUCUGGGGACCUUAGUUAAUGGCUUUGUCCUCCCAGCAUCACGGGUAGUGGAGGUUUGGAAACUUUGGACAAAUGUCAGUAUUAGGUCUCUUCAACGCCUAGCACAUAACGUGGCAUGCUUUGGAAAGUUUGUAAAAUGUUUUAAAGGUGCAGACCGCCUUGCCCAUUGGGUGUGCCGAACAGGUACAUAUCGUGAUCUGAAUCCCUUUGUGUGCAAUCAAGUCGAAAGUAGAGUGUUCACGGCCUUUCUGACAGACUUCUAGAACCUCCAGCCAUCCAGGCAGCCACCAAAUGGAAACCAAACAGAAAAGGCCUUGGAGAAAAACGAUGGAUGCACAGUCAAUGAAGGGGCAGCCAUCUUGUUUCCAUGGUUGCCCGGCAGCCCAGGCUCCCUUCAAGGCUGCACAUUGGAAGCCUAAGUAAGGGUGGUCAGCUCGGGCCCGCUGACAGCAAAGGAAAUGCUGCCAGGAAGAGAGGCCACGGAGGAACAGCCAAGUUUGGGGCCCUUAGCGUGGGGGGGCUGCUCUGUGUGCCGCAUCUCCACUGUCCCGGCACAGCCCUGGGCCCGACGCCAGCCCAUCAGGCAAAUCCCCAUCCUUGUGUCUCUCUGUAGGGACGUAGGUAACAUGCUCCAAGAAGUGCCCAGAGAGGCACAGGAAAGGGGGCUGUGAAUAGGACAGGGUGGGUUUUGGAGCCAGGAGACCUGGCGUGAAAUCCUGGCUCUGCCUCUUGUUAAACUGACCACAUUUUGUCACAUCUGAGUGAGAGGUUUUCUUCCUCUGAAUGGGGUAUUGGUUCUGUCCUUGCAAGGCCAUCGUGGGAUCAGGUGCAUCCUCGAAAGCCCUUGGCACUGCGUCUGCACGGUGCCGAACGAAUAGCAUCUACCAGUGGUCUCAGUUUAAGUGAACUGGCGCAGCUGUGCCCCCCCAUUGGCCUUCCCGUUAACACCUGCUCCUCCCAGAGCAUGCCCAGGAGGUGCUGCUGUGUUUACUUUAAGGCUGCAUUUUUCCUAAAAAAUCUAAAUGUGGUCCUCUCUCAGGAGGAGGUGGGGACUUACACAAUCCCCUGCCUGUGAAAGUCCCGGCCUGCAGGGACCGACAGGGACUCAGAGUGAGCCAUGCGGCCGGGUACGUCUGCUGAGGAACCCCUCCCCAAGUCCAGCACCCACCUGCGACCUCCAGGAAGCUGAAGGGGGAGCUUUCCAGAAUUUCUCUUCUUACUGGGAAGCCUUGAGCAAACAUUUGGCCCUUUAAAAAAAAAAAAAAGUUUUUCCUCACUGAAGAAAAUAUUACCUGUGCACCAGGGAAAUUUUUGAAAAUAAAAAGAAUACAAAUA